UAAAAUAGGAAACUUUCUAUCCUGGUUCUACUCAUGCUCCGAUGGCUUCAGCUCCCGCUUCUCUCAAUUUCGCCUCAAUCCCAUCUAACCCAAUCCAAACCCCUCCCCGCCUCCCCAAAACCCUCCUCCUCUCUCUAACCCUCCACAGAGCCCCAAGCCCCCUCCUUUCCUCUCACUCGCCCUUCACUCUCCGACGAAAUUUCAAGCAUUUUGCUGUCAAUUCUGCCCUCAGGGAGGGCGAGGGUAAGGAAUCCGAGGUGGAAGGGAGUGAGGAGGAGGAGGAGGAGGAUGAAGAUCUGCUUGAUUUUGAAUCGAUGGAAGAGGAGGCGAGGGAUGUUGUUAGAGAUUACUCCCUCUCUUUGUCUCGUCAACUGGGGAUAGAGGAUGGAACGCGUGAGAAAAAUGAAACUCGCAAGAAGCAAAAGCGCCAAAGAACUCCGAGCGGUGGUGUAAGUAUGUCUUCAGCUGUCCCUGACCAUCUUCUUCCAAAGGUCACAAUAGUUGGACGACCAAAUGUUGGCAAAUCAGCAUUAUUCAACCGUCUUGUUGGGGGAAACAGGGCUAUUGUUGUUGAUGAACCUGGCGUUACUAGAGAUCGAUUGUAUGGAAGAUCUUUUUGGGGUGAUUGUCAUUUUAUGGUAGUAGAUACUGGGGGCGUCAUGACUUUUUCCAAGUCUCAGGAUGAUGUUAUGGAAGAACUAGCAAUUACAACUACAGUUGGUAUGGAUGGGAUUCCUCUUGCCACAAGGGAAGCAGCUGUUGCAAGGAUGCCAUCAAUGAUAGAGAGACAAGCUGCUGCUGCUGUUGAAGAAGCAGCUGUUAUUAUAUUCCUAGUGGAUGGCCAGGCAGGACUAAUGGCUGCUGACGUGGAAAUUGCAGAUUGGUUGCGAAAAAGUCAUUCUGAUAAAUGCAUCAUCCUUGCCGUGAACAAAUGUGAGUCUCCACGUAAAGGACUAAUGCAAGCGUCAGAAUUUUGGUCCUUAGGGUUGUCUCCUAUGCCGAUAUCCGCCAUUUCGGGCACUGGAACUGGAGAGCUUCUCGAUCUUGUUUGUGCGGACCUGAAUAAAAUUGAGGCUCCGCAGGACACUGAAAAGUAUGGAGAAGAACAAGAAGAAAGCUAUGUGCCUUCUAUUGCUAUUGUCGGUAGGCCAAAUGUCGGAAAAAGUAGCAUAUUGAAUGCAUUGGUUGGUGAAGACAGAACAAUUGUUAGUCCAAUCAGUGGAACAACUCGUGAUGCAAUUGAUACUGAAUUUACUGGUCCAGAUGGGCAGAAGUUCAAACUAAUUGAUACUGCUGGCAUUCGCCGUAGAGCAGCAGUAGCUUCAGCUGGUAGCACCACCGAGGCCUUAUCAGUGAACCGAGCAUUUCGUGCAAUACGUCGCUCAGAUGUAGUAGCUCUUGUUAUUGAAGCUAUGGCCUGCAUUACAGAACAGGAUUACAAAAUCGCGGAGAGAAUUGAGAAAGAAGGAAAAGGAUGUGUUAUUGUUGUAAACAAAUGGGAUACAAUACCAAGCAAAAAACAAGAGACGACAACAUAUUAUGAACAAGAUGUCAGAGAGAAGCUCCGACUCCUUAAUUGGGCACCAAUUGUUUAUUCAACUGCAAUAACCGGUCAAAGUGUUGAAAAGAUUAUAAAUGCUGCCAGUAUGGUUGAAAAAGAGAGAUCUAGGCGGCUUGGUACAUCCAUACUGAAUCAAGUCGUACAAGAAGCAGUGGCCUUCAAACCUCCACCAAGGACAAGAGGUGGCAAGAGAGGGCGUGUUUAUUUUAGUACCCAGGCUGCCAUUCGCCCUCCAACAUUUGUUUUCUUUGUUAAUGAUGCGAAGCUUUUCCCUGAGACAUACCGACGUUACAUGGAAAAGCAACUAAGGUCUAAUGCUGGUUUUCCUGGUACGCCAAUCCGUCUUCUAUGGCGCAGCAGAAAGAAAACAGACAGAGAGGGUAAAGGUGUGGAUAUAAAAAAACAAGCUUCUUCGGAUCGAAAUACUGGCAAGUUGGCCCUUGCAAUCUGAUUCUAGUUAUAUGUCCGCGAACAGCAUCAAGAUCAACAACGUAGAGUGCCUUUCCUCGAGAAUGUUUUUGUACACAACUGUAACUUCAUCAGUACUACUGCCAAAAAGAAUCAAUAUAGUUAGGGUGAUGACAUUUUGAGAUACUGUUAUGAAUGCAUGCUAAGAGUCCUGUGUACAAAUGAUUUGAAGUAGUGAGUUUAGAAUCAUGCCAGAACAAUAAUGGAGUUUUGAAA